GUCCCAUCGUCGCCAGGUUGCAACCUCUUCUGCCGCUCCUCUACACACACCCGUCAUGUACCGUCAGAUGCUGUCAGCUCUCCUAGUGGGCGUGGUGGUCGUGGGCGUGCUUGAGAUGGGCGUAGCUGACGCCAAGCCAGCUCCACCCCAAGUGGCAGCCAUGGCUGACGCUCUCAAGUACCUUCAAGAACUUGACAAGUACUACUCACAGGUUUCAAGACCCAGCACUCGUGCAGCUCCUGGCCCCGCCUCGCAGAUACAAGCACUACAAAAAACGCUAAAGUUCCUACAAUUACAAGAACUGGGCAAAUUGUACUCUCUUAGGGCGCGGCCGCGAUUUGGAAAACGUAGUGAAUAUGUCGCACCAGCUGAUGACACCAUGAUGGAAGCAAGUGAGAGAAUCCUGGAGUCUCUCUCCCGCAGGAGGUGAGGAUUUUGACACUAUUAUCACCACCACUAGCACCACUACCAGCACCACUACCUGCACCACCACUAGCACCACCACUAGCACCAUCACUAGCACCACUACUAACACCACUACUAACACCAAUGCCUGCCUCUCUCUCUCCUCGCAUCAAAUUGCUAGCACUUGAUCUAACUCAUCACUCGCUUCCUUCUCACUCCUCAUGUUGACAUUAUCCUUAAAACUUUCUCCUGACUCUCCCGUCUCAUUUCCUUCCUUUAUCCGUCUCUCUUCAUUUUGAUCCGUCCUAUUUCCCCUUUUCUUGAAGUCAAAAUACUGAAGUAGACUACGAAUCUACUCAUCUACAUCCAUUGUUCCUCCUUUAAAAGGUACGUAAGGUCCUCCAUCUUCUAAUAUCAUGUUCAUUUUUCCACUAUAAUCUACCUUGUCCAUAAUUAAUAUCGCAUUUUCUUUGUCUGCUUCGUAAGGUGAAGUCCAGGAUCUUUCCUUAGGUCUGAUGCCGUGCUCCUUCCUUAAGUGAAUGUGACCUGACCUGACGCGACUAGGUUGGGUCAUUGGCUUAAGCCAAUGACCCAACCUAGUCGCGGUAGGAGACUUGGACCUAGUCCGGUAGGAGACUUGGACCUGCCUCGCAUGGGCCAGUAGGCCUGCUGCAGUGUUCCUUCUUAUGUUCAACAAAUAUCUGAGGACAGUUGUGUUGUAGAGCUCUAAGCUUUGCUCACACCUUUUCAACAUAAUUAUCAUCAAAUAUUUGUUAACUUAUACCAUGAAUUAAGGAAAGAUCCUGGACUUCACCUUACGAAACAAAGCAAAUACGAUAAAAAUUAUAGACAACGUAAAUUAUAGUGGAAAAAUGAACAUGUUAUUAAAAGACUGGGGAACUUACGUGCCUCUUAAGUAUUUCAAGGGUCUUAUUCAACUCCCUCUGUCGUACUGAAGCAUUUGAAUCCUUUAGCAUUUCCUUUCCUCACUAAGUGGCGGUGAAUCCCAACUCCAGCUAUAUGAAUCCCUAGUCAACAUCUCAAACGAGUGACGUAUCAGCUGGUUCGAGAUCCUGCUUCGACAACACGACCAUCAAACAGAGAGAUCCAACUCCUUUGAACCAGCUUUGGCGCCAUCAAGAGAGAUCCCUUUGAAACAGCUUUGGUGCCACCUACAGAGCGAUCCAAUCCCUUUAUAGCAGCGUGGCGCCAUCUACCAGCGGCGUCGUUCUCCACGUGUUCUUGAUACCUAUAUAGUUAUGGCAGUCUUCAGGAAAUAAAGCACAUUGUGUAUUAAAUGUG